AUGUCUAAUGUUGACGAGGACGUUGGACAUACCGUAGUGCACUUCUUAUACACAGGCGGCUACGAGACAGUCAGCUCUCCUCUCGACGAAGGCACAUCCGAUCUCGCCAGAGAAUACAAGAGGAGCGUUCUAGUCUACCACGCGUCAAGGACCUGGGGCCUUUCUGAUCUUGAAAUUCUUGCUAAGCAAAAGAUGCAGCAAUUAGACGAGGAGAUUCCUGUUCUCGAAAUGCUGCGGGUCAUGAGGGACGUGUUUUCAAGCCUCCCCGCAGGUGAAACCUGGCUUCCGGGUUACAUCGAAGGAAACUUGCAGCGAUCACUGAAGCCUGAAGAUCCAGGUCUUGGUUUACAUGAAUUUUACAAUAUCCUCGGCCAAGACCAUCAAUUUGAUAUUGCCGUGAUGAAAAUGAUUCUCGAGAUAUUAUCCAUUCGCUUACUUUCUGUCAAAGAUCAGCACGCGAAGCAACUGAACGAAGUCUCAACUGAUCUCUCUACUCAAGAGCCUAUUCCCGAAGAGCCUGAACCUGUUCCCGAAGAGCCUGAACCUGAGUCCGAGCCUGUUCCCGAGCCUGAGCCUCUCCCCGAAGAGCCCGAGCCUACUCCCGAAGAGCCUGAGCCUGUUCCCGAAGAGCUCCAUGCUGAAGAAGAUAGCGAGCAGUUGUCUAUUCCCCGAGUGCCUGCUGAUGCUAACGGCUGGUUGGGCGCUCCUGAUCAAGGCCACAUAGCGAGGAUUUCAUGCUCAGACUUAAAUCUGUAUGAAAACUGGGAAAGUCUGUCCCCGAAGAGAAGAGCUAAAAGGGCUAGCAAACUUGGGUCAAGGGGACUCCCCGUCCCAAGAGAGGGCGGCUUCAUUUCAAUAGUUACAACUUAA